CCACUAACCUUCAUCGUAAAUCUAUCUUGUUAUAUGAUUGACUAGUUAUAGAGCAAUCAUGCUUUUAUUUCCAAUGCGUUGUGUUUUUUUGUUCUUUUGUAUGUUUGUAAUGGCCACAUCACCUCUUGCUUCAGCAAAUAUGCAAAGCAGCGAGGCAAAUGCUCUAUUGAAAUGGAAAGCAAGCUUUGACAACCAAAGCAAGGCUUUGCUCUCUUCAUGGAUUGGUAAUAAGCCUUGCAAUUGGGUGGGAAUCACAUGUGAUGGCAAGUCAAAAUCUAUCUACAAGAUACAUCUUGCAAGUAUUGGACUGAAAGGUACACUUCAAAGUCUCAAUUUUUCAUCACUUCCAAAAAUCCAUAGCUUAGUUUUAAGAAACAACUCAUUCUAUGGAGUUGUUCCACACCAUAUUGGUCUAAUGUGCAAUCUAGACACUCUUGAUUUGUCACUAAAUAAACUCUCUGGUAGCAUUCACAAUAGCAUUGGUAAUUUGUCAAAACUAUCCUAUCUUGAUCUUAGCUUCAAUUAUCUCACUGGGAUUAUCCCAGCUCAGGUAACCCAAUUGGUUGGUCUUUAUGAAUUUUAUAUGGGUAGUAACAACGAUUUAAGUGGCUCCCUCCCUCGAGAAAUUGGUAGAAUGAGAAAUUUGACAAUACUUGAUAUUUCUUCAUGCAAUCUGAUAGGGGCUAUACCAAUCUCGAUAGGAAAGAUAACCAACUUGUCACAUCUUGAUGUAUCACAAAACCACCUUUCUGGAAACAUUCCUCAUGGAAUUUGGCAAAUGGACUUAACUCAUUUGUCACUUGCAAAUAAUAAUUUUAAUGGUUCCAUCCCACAAAGUGUUUUCAAGUCACGAAACCUGCAGUUUCUUCAUCUUAAAGAAAGUGGUCUUUCUGGUUCUAUGCCUAAGGAGUUUGGGAUGUUGGGUAAUUUAAUAGAUAUGGAUAUUAGUAGCUGCAAUCUCACUGGGUCAAUCUCUACUUCUAUAGGAAAAUUGACCAAUAUAUCAUAUCUCCAGUUAUACCACAACCAACUUUUUGGCCACAUUCCUCGCGAAAUUGGGAAUUUGGUCAACCUCAAGAAACUCAAUCUUGGAUAUAAUAAUCUUUCUGGUUCCGUUCCUCAAGAAAUAGGAUUUCUAAAACAACUUUUUGAACUUGAUUUGUCUCAGAACUAUCUCUUUGGCACAAUCCCUUCUGCAAUCGGAAACUUGAGCAAUUUACAAUUACUUUACCUAUAUAGCAAUAAUUUCAGUGGUAGACUUCCUAAUGAAAUUGGAGAGCUUCAUUCUCUUCAAAUAUUUCAAUUGUCUUAUAAUAACCUAUAUGGACCUAUCCCAGCAUCCAUAGGUGAGAUGGUCAAUUUGAAUUCUAUUUUCCUUGAUGCAAAUAAAUUCUCAGGACUUAUUCCACCUUCUAUAGGUAACCUUGUCAAUUUGGAUACUAUUGACUUUUCACAAAAUAAACUCUCUGGACCACUUCCUUCCACUAUCGGAAAUUUAACGAAAGUAAGUGAAUUAUCUUUUCUCUCAAAUGCUCUCUCUGGAAAUAUUCCAACAGAAGUGAGUUUGCUUACCAAUUUAAAAAGUCUCCAGCUAGCUUAUAAUAGUUUCGUAGGUCAUUUACCUCACAAUAUUUGUUCUAGCGGGAAAUUGACACGCUUUGCUGCUCAUAAUAACAAAUUCACUGGUCCAAUUCCAGAGAGUUUGAAGAACUGUUCUAGCCUUAUAAGAUUGAGACUUAACCAAAACAAAAUGACAGGAAAUAUAACAGAUAGUUUUGGUGUGUAUCCAAAUUUGGACUACAUAGAAUUAAGUGAUAAUAAUUUUUAUGGUUAUCUUUCUCCAAAUUGGGGGAAGUGCAAGAAUCUGACAAGCCUUAAAAUCUCCAAUAAUAAUUUAAUAGGAAGCAUACCACCAGAAUUGGCUGAAGCAACCAAUUUACAUAUACUUGACUUGUCCUCAAAUCAACUUAUAGGAAAAAUUCCAAAGGAUCUAGGAAACUUAUCUGCACUGAUCCAACUCUCGAUAAGUAAUAAUCAUCUUUCGGGAGAAGUUCCUAUGCAGAUUGCAUCAUUGCAUGAACUAACUACAUUGGAUCUUGCAACAAAUAAUUUAAGUGGUUUUAUCCCUGAAAAACUUGGAAGGUUGUCUAGGUUAUUGCAGUUGAAUUUGAGCCAAAAUAAGUUUGAAGGAAACAUUCCUGUUGAACUUGGUCAAUUGAAUGUUAUUGAAGAUCUUGAUCUUAGCGGGAAUUUUUUGAAUGGAACCAUACCAACAAUGCUUGGACAGUUAAAUCGCUUAGAAACAUUGAAUCUCUCACAUAAUAAUCUCUAUGGUAACAUUCCCUUAAGCUUUUUUGAUAUGUUAAGUUUGACAACUGUUGAUAUAUCUUACAACCGGUUGGAGGGUCCAAUUCCAAACAUUACAGCAUUCCAAAGAGCUCCAGUUGAAGCAUUUAGAAAUAACAAAGGCUUGUGCGGUAAUGUCUCUGGCCUAGAGCCUUGCUCAACAUCAGGUGGAAACUUCCAUAGUCAUAAAACUAACAAAAUUUUGGUGCUAGUUUUAUCCCUCACUCUAGGCCCUUUAUUGUUAGCAUUAUUUGUUUAUGGGAUCUCAUACCAAUUUUGUUGCACUUCAAGCACAAAAGAAGACAAGCAUGUAGAAGAAUUUCAAACUGAAAAUCUAUUUACAAUAUGGAGCUUUGAUGGAAAAAUGGUGUAUGAGAAUAUCAUCGAAGCCACAGAAGAUUUUGACAACAAGAAUCUCAUCGGGGUUGGAGUACAUGGAAGUGUUUACAAAGCAGAGUUGCCAACAGGUCAAGUGGUAGCUGUGAAGAAACUCCAUUCACUACCAAAUGGAGAUGUAUCUAAUCUAAAAGCUUUUGCAGGUGAGAUUAGUGCUUUGACAGAAAUCCGACAUCGCAACAUUGUAAAGUUAUAUGGGUUUUGUUCACAUCGACUACACUCAUUUUUGGUUUAUGAAUUCUUGGAGAAGGGUAGCUUGGACAACAUUUUGAAGGACAAUGAACAAGCUAGUGAAUUUGAUUGGAGUAGGAGGGUGAAUAUCAUUAAAGAUAUAGCUAAUGCUUUAUUCUAUCUACAUCAUGACUGCUCACCUCCUAUUGUUCAUCGAGAUAUAUCCAGCAAGAAUGUUAUUUUGGAUUUGGAAUGUGUAGCUCAUGUCUCAGACUUUGGAACAUCUAAGUUUCUAAAUCCCAAUUCAUCGAAUAUGACUUCUUUUGCAGGCACCUUUGGAUAUGCUGCUCCAGAACUUGCAUACACAAUGGAAGUAAAUGAGAAAUGUGAUGUGUAUAGUUUUGGGAUUUUAACCUUGGAAAUACUUUUCGGAAAGCACCCUGGAGAUGUUGUAACUUCUUUGUGGCAACAAUCUUCAAAAAGUGUCAUGGACCUGGAACUUGAAUCUAUGCCAUUGAUGGAUAAGUUGGAUCAACGUCUCCCUCGUCCAACAGAUACCAUUGUUCAAGAGGUGGCAUCGACGAUAAGGAUUGCAACUGCUUGCUUGACUGAAACCCCACGUUCUCGCCCUACCAUGGAGCAGGUCUGCAAGCAGCUUGUAAUGUCUUAAUCAUAUUCAAAGGGUUUAAUAUAUUACAUAUAUAUUGUCUCAUAUAUAUAGCCAGAAUGUUGUUUUUACCAAAUAUGCUUCCAUACUACUUCAUUGUUUCAUAUUUGUAAAACUUUUUG